AUGGCACGGCCCUAUGGGGACAGACAGGGCUGGGGACACAAGUGGCUGGGGGACACGUAUGACCAGGGUCAUGCACAGGCAGAGGAACAAGACCGGCUGUUACGGCAUCGGCCUGACCAGCCCCAGAACCCCAAGGUUUUGAGAAUUGCCAUCAUCGGAGCGCCCAACGCUGGGAAGUCCACGCUCUCAAAUCAGCUCUUGGGCAGAAAGGUUUUCCCCGUCUCUCAGAAAGUGCACACAACGCGAUGCAAAGCCAAGGGCGUUGUCACGUACGAGGACACACAGCUGAUCAUUCUGGACACCCCUGGCCUCACCAGUCACUUUAAAGCCAAAAGACAUAAAUUAGAUGAAGCCAUGCUGACAGACCCAUGGGACAGCAUGAAACAUGCAGAUUUAGUUCUGGUUUUGGUGGACGUAUCGGAUCACUGGACGCGGAACUGUCUGAGCAAGGAGGUGCUGCAGUGUCUUUCUCGGUUUCCCCAGAUACCCAGUGUGCUCGUUCUGAACAAGGUGGAUCUGCUAAAGAAGAAGUUCAUCCUGCUGGAACUAGUGACUGACCUCACAGAGGGAAUUGUAAAUGGGAAGAAACUGGAAGUGGCAUCUGCAUUUAAGCAUAAUUCCAGUUCUUCAGCAAAGUCUCCUCUUCAGAUCGCUAAGGCUUCUCCACCUGAGAACAGGGCCCCUGAGUCUCACUGUCUGCGGGAAGCAGAUCAAGCCCGAGAAGGCUCUAGCUUGGACAACAGCAGUGAUGUGAGGGCUUCCGAGUCCAGUCUUGCCACAGAAGAAGCAGAAGGGCCAAAGCGCUAUGGACCCAGAGAUCUGAAAACCAUGAAAGGUUGGCCGUGCUUCCAGGAGAUCUUCAUGCUGGCAGCUCGCCGUGGGGAGGAGGUCGAUACACUCAAGCAGUACCUCCUGAUGCAAGCCAAGCCAGGACCUUGGGAGUUUCACAGCGGAGUCUUGACCAGCCAGUCACCUCAAGAGAUCUGUGAUAAUAUCAUCAGGGAGAAGAUACUGGAGUACCUGCCCCUGGAGGUGCCCUAUGGCGUGAUUCAGGUGACGGAGAUGUGGGAGGAAGGACCGAGCGGGGAGCUCGUCAUCAUGCAGAACCUCUUGGUCCCAAGGAAGUCUCACAUGAUGAUGUUGAUUGGAAGAGGAGGUAAGGUCAUCAGCAGGAUUGCUCAGGAGGCUGGCCAGGACCUGAUGAACGUUUUCCUGUGUGAUGUCUGCUUGAAGCUCAAGGUGAAGGUGAAGGAUUGA